CGUACCCCGGCCUCACCAUGUUGGUCCUGUCGAAAUGUCUGUUGGCUUCGCCAUCUUUAAGGUUUUGAAUGAGAAGAAACUUCAAGAGGUUGAUAGUUUAUGGAAAGAAUUUGAAACCCCAGAAAAAGCAAAUAGAAUAGUAAAGCUAAAACAUUUUGAGAAAUUUCAGCAUACAGCGGAAGCAUUAGCAACAUUCACAGCUCUAAUGGAGGGCAAAAUCAAUAAGCAGCUGAAGAAAGUUCUGAAGAAAAUAGUAAAAGAAGCCCAUGAACCUCUGGCUGUGGCUGACACUAAACUAGGAGGGGUGAUAAAGGAAAAACUGAAUCUCAGCUGUAUCCAUAGUCCUGUUGUAAAUGAUCUUAUGAGAGGGAUUCGAUCGCAAAUGGAUGGUUUGAUUCCUGGGGUAGAACCACGUGAGAUGGCAGCCAUGUGUCUGGGAUUGGCCCACAGCCUGUCUCGAUACAGAUUGAAAUUCAGUGCUGAUAAAGUAGACACAAUGAUUGUUCAGGCGAUUUCCUUAUUAGAUGACUUGGAUAAAGAACUAAACAACUACAUUAUGCGGUGUAGGGAGUGGUAUGGCUGGCACUUCCCUGAGUUAGGGAAAAUCAUUUCAGAUAAUUUGACAUACUGCAAGUGUUUACAGAAAGUUGGUGACAGGAAGAACUAUGCAUCUGCCUCUCUUUCUGAAUUGCUGUCAGAGGAGGUAGAGGCAGAAGUGAAAGCACCUGCAGAGAUAUCCAUGGGAACAGAGGUUUCUGAAGAAGAUAUUUGCAACAUUCUACAUCUGUGUACCCAGGUGAUUGAAAUUUCUGAAUAUAGAACCCAGCUAUAUGAAUAUCUGCAAAAUCGCAUGAUGGCCAUAGCACCUAAUGUUACAGUCAUGGUUGGGGAGUUAGUGGGAGCACGGCUCAUUGCUCAUGCAGGGUCUCUGUUGAAUUUGGCAAAGCAUGCAGCUUCUAUGGUUCAGAUUCUUGGCACAGAAAAAGCACUUUUCAGGGCCCUCAAAUCAAGACGAGACACCCCUAAAUAUGGGCUCAUUUAUCAUGCUUCUCUCAUAGGCCAGUCAAGUCCCAAACACAAAGGAAAGAUUUCUCGAAUGUUGGCAGCCAAAACGGUUCUGCCUAUCCGAUACGAUGCUUUUGGUGAAGAUUCCAGUUCUGCGAUGGGAGUUGAGAACAGAGCCAAAUCAGAGGCCAGAUUGAGAAUUUUGGAGGUCCGAGGGAUAAGAAAAAUAAGUGGAACAGGAAAGGCCUUAGCAAAAGCAGAAAAGUAUGAACACAAAAGUGAAGUGAAGACAUAUGAUCCCUCUGGUGACUCCACACUUCCA